AUGGCUGCCGACCCAUCGUACCCCCUAUACCCCAUCGUCUCCAUCAUCGCGGGGGUCCUACUGCUUCUCCUCAUCCUUACCAGUCUCGUCCGCCAAAACUGGAAUCUCGGAGUCGCCUUCCUAUGUUUCUGGCUCCUGAUUGAGAACGUCACUGCGGGCGCGAACGCGAUCAUCUGGGCCGACAACGCGGACAUCAAGCACGUCGUGUACUGUGAUAUUGUCUCGCAUAUCGAAUUGCUCACUUUUGUAGUCAAACCUAUGGCCACGCUCAUCAUCACACGUCGAGUUUAUCUGAUCACCGAGAUGCAGUCCUUCGAGCAGACAGGGAAAUAUCUGAGGUACAAGGACCGCCUGAUCGAAUGGACCCUCGGUUUGUUCAUACCCGUCCUAGUCGCAGGGCCUAUCUACUUUGUCUUCCAGAUAUCCCGAUUUGCGGUGCAAGAAGGCUUUGGAUGUCAGAACGCGACGGACGACUCGAUACUCGGCACGCUGAUCUUCAACUUGUGCAACGUUAUUCCUCCGAUGAUCUCAAUCCUCGUGUACUAUCCCAGAAUAUGCCUGCUCUUCUAUCGGCAGAACCGCGACGUCAACCACUUUCUGCAGAGCAACGACUCAGUAUCGCGAACAAACUACAUGCGCAUCAUCGCCAUCGCCAGCGUCGACAUACUCCUCACACUCCCCGUGGGUAUCGCCACGAUCGUCCUGGACGUCCAGCAUGGGAUCGCAUACUACGACAGUAUGCCGUUCUUCCCGGACUGGACCUACAAUCACACCGACUGGGAGCCGGAGAGCAAUUCAUAUGCUGAUUUGGUUGGUGCAGGCACAUCUGUCAUCGCACAGGUCUACUUGUCAAAAUGGACCUCACCUGUUCUUGCACUCGUACUGUUUGGUCUCUUCGGGCUUACUCGUGAAGCCCGAGCAUCCUAUUGGCGUCUUACUGUUACCAUCGGCAGUCGGAUCGGCUUGGAGAUCCCCUCAAUGCAUACGGGUGGGACGCGUUCAAACCUAGGCGAGAUCGAAUUCGGCGAGCGCCCCCGAGACGCGUCAGUUGGUACGGUGAUCGGCCCGGGACCCCGUCUGUACCACGAAGAACCAGACGCGUGCGGGAGGGAGAAUGAUAGCGGGAGCAUUACCGAAGUUGAAUGCGCGAAGACGGAAUUGAAGAGUAUGUCGGACGUGGAGGGGGGAACAGUCGAAGCACUUGGUGCUCUCGAGGUCGCAGAUGACCAGGAGAAAGCUAGCUGCGUGUAG